AUGAUCGAGUCACCCACUUCGACAUUUUCUCUCACCGAAUUUCUCUCCCAACUCUCGAGGUUUGCUGCCGCUCCCUUGACCAAGCCGACCAAGAGCCAUCUCGCCGACAUGGCUCAUCAAAGCCCACCAGGCAUUCUGGUGCCGGUCCGCUUCAAGCCUACAUGUACGCAUCUUACCAUGACGCGGCUUUACGGCUUUGAGUUUGUGUGCGAUGCGUGCCGCCGCCCAGGUCCCUUUGGUUGGGUGUAUUGUUGCACGCAAGAUCGCGAGGUGAUGAUUGAGAGCGCAGUGGCCGCUGGUUGUCCGAUAAAGCAAUAUUUUGACGGUCUGGGGGAAUAUUGGUCCUCAAAGUUACGCAUUAGAGCGGGGAGCGCAGAAGCCAGAGCAGACCCUCUCAGUCUCUUCGAUGAACUCACACCACAGCAAAUGUCACAAUAUCGCCCGGAGCAAAUUCAAACCCUUCUACGGCAGCGGGAGUCUGUGAGUAAAUUUCGCCAGUGUUGGGAAGUGUCCGUUCCCCAUAGAAGCUCCGGAAUUGACUUGAGAACUGAAAAGGUCCGGAACGCCACAUCAAGAGACAAUUUGCGCCGCAAUCCCAUGUCCAAUCAUCAAAUUUUCGAACCUUACCAAGACGCGAUUUUUCUGGGAACUGAGAAUCCUCGACCCUGGGUUCCCAGUUUAGAGCACGAAUGUCGCUAUAUGAUCUGCCCUUUAUGCCGACCUUCAGCAGCUGAUAGGUCCUUCCUGAGCCUUGAUGGUGUGGCCAAGGGUGAAGUCCAACCUACAUCGGCUGUCGGGUUUGGGUUUCAUGGCAUGGGUGAACGGCCUGUCGUGAACGUUGAUGUUCUCAGGUCAAUUGGCUGCCGCCCACCCUCCUUGACUCAAAGUAAUCGCGAUGGGAGCACCGAUAACUCCUUGCCGGAGUCAGACAUCAGUCUCAUAGAGCUCCUUGAGAAGCAAAUUUCCAGCAGUCAACAAUAUCCCUCUGGCAGAGGAGUGGGCUUUCGAACAGGCCUUGAACUCGAUGGCAGCUUCUCUCUUUCGCAGGCAGCAGAAGCUACUCCCAAAACCCUCAAGCACUCACCAGGCUACGACAACCUGUCUGCAGUCUUCACGCAAACAACUCCGGAAGCUCAAAGCUCGGCACAAGCACGACCUGCCUGGACGCCCCCGCCCUCUCCCAGCCCGUACGGGUUAUCAAGCGCCUCUGAAACAUACUCGCUUGGGUUCGCCGAAGAGCCAAGCAUCACUGAUGGUCGAAGAAGUUCCCUCUCGUUGAAGUCCAAUCAGUUCAUGCGGCAGCAACUGGUCCACUCGCUUCCCCUGAUUGAAUCACAAGGUCAGCUCACUGAUCUCGACGACAACUUCCUAGACGAAGAGCGUCCGUACGAGCCAGACUAUGAGCGCGAUGCAGGGCCAGCUUACCGGUCCAAGGAGGCUUCUGGUAUGGCAAGCAAAACUACAUUACAAAUGCCAGGACCAACAGAAGAGAUUCGCGUUUACGCCCAGGAGAGCCUAGUUACGAGCUCUGCAGAGGGCGAAAGCAGUUUGGCAACUGAAUACGGCGUUGCCGUCUUGGAAGAGAGCACCGAGCUCGGCAUCCCGGACGUGAUUACCCAAGUAUAA